AUGAAGUUGCUUCCUUUACUCAGCCUUAUUACUGCGGUUUCCUGUGUUACCGAUUUACAAGAGAAAUGGGGAAGUCUCUGGCAAUUUCAAGGAAUAGCCACUUUUGCCCACUUGGACCAUUUGCAAUGUCUCAUUGACCGCGAUCAGAUGUUUGAUGUUGGAAUCAUUGGUGUACCUUUUGACACAGCAGUGUCAUAUAGACCUGGUGCUAGAUUUGGUCCAAGGGCGAUUAGAGACGCAUCACAGCGUCAGUACAGUUUGCGUGGAUUCAACCAUAGGGCAAUGUUUAAUCCAUACAAGUCUUGGGCAAGAGUUGUUGACUGUGGAGAUGUUCCAGUUAGCCCAAUGGAUAACAAAUUGGCUUUUCAACAAAUGGAUCAAGCUUUUGAAGAAUUGUUGUGGGUGGGUGAUUCAGUAGACGAGGAACAAGUCCCGCCUAGAUUCAUCAUUUUGGGAGGUGAUCAUUCCGUCUUGCUACCACACAUUAGGGCUUUGAACAAAGUUUAUGGACCUGUGAAUAUCGUGCAUUUUGAUGCACAUUUGGACACUUGGAAACCAGACAAGUACCCAUCAUUUUGGCGUACCGAAGUAAGCGAUGUAAACCAUGGAUCAAUGUUGUGGAAAGCAUACGAGGAAGGUUUAACCACCAAGAAUAAUGUUCAUGCAGGUAUCAGAACCAAGUUGUCUAGUCUUGCCGAUUAUGAAGAUGACGAUGCACAAAACUGGUUGCGUAUUGAGUCUGAUGAUAUUUGGUUAAAGGGAGCUGACUACGUAGCUCAACAAAUUUUGAAGCGGGUUCCAAAAGACACUCCUACUUACAUUUCGGUAGACAUUGAUGUGUUGGAUCCUGGGUUUGCAUCUGGAACCGGUACGAUGGAAUCAGGAGGUUGGUUGCCAAGAGAGUUGAUUCAUGUUUUACGUCAAAUUGAUAGCUUAACUAUUGUUGGUGCCGAUGUUGUGGAAGUUGCACCUGCUUACGAUUUCGCAGAAGUAACUGCUACAAGUGCGGCCCAAAUUGCGUUUGAGCUUUUGACCAGCAUGGUAAAGAAGGGCCAACUUGAUACCAAGUUGAUGAAGAGAGAAGCUAUCGAGCCUGUUGCAUGA